AUGCGGUUUCAGCUGAUUGGAGCAUUUGUUCUGGCUGUUGGAAUUUAUGCAGAGGUUGAAAGACAGAAAUACAAAACACUUGAAAGUGCCUUUUUAGCCCCAGCAAUUAUUUUAAUACUCUUGGGCAUUGUGAUGUUCUUCGUAUCCUUCAUGGGUGUCCUGGCUUCUUUAAGAGAUAAUUUAUGUCUUCUUCAAGCAUUUAUGUACAUUCUUGGUAUUUGUCUACUGAUUGAACUAAUUGGUGGAGUUGUGGCAUUGAUCUUCAGAAAUCAUACAAUUGACUUUUUAAAUGAAAAUAUCCGAAGAGGAAUUCAAAAUUACUAUGAUGACCUGGACUUCAAAAACAUAAUGGAUUUUGUUCAAAAGGAGUUCAAGUGUUGUGGUGGAGAAGAUUAUAAAGACUGGACAAAGAAUCCAUACCAUGAUUGUUCUGCACCAGGGCCAUUGGCGUGUGGAGUGCCAUAUACUUGUUGUGUCAGAAAUAAGACGGACAUUAUCAACACUAUGUGUGGAUAUAAAACUAUUGACAAAGAGCGCCUGAGCAUUCAACACGUUAUAUAUGUUCGGGGAUGCACAAAUGCAGUACUCAUUUGGUUCGUAGACAAUUACAGCAUCAUGGCAGGUGUCUUGCUUGGUAUAUUGUUACCACAGUUCUUAGGUGUGUUGUUGUCAUUACUUUACAUAACACGAGUAGAGGACAUCAUUGCCGAGCACAAGCUUAGUGCGGAUGCUUCUGUUGCAUUCCAGGAACAGUCAGAAGUUGAACGAGCAGGAACGGGUUGCUGUAUGUGUUAUCCUGGGAAACAGUAGUUGCCAAGCAAAAAAACUUAAGUAAAGUAUAAACAAAGCCUUGUUUUGGUUUGUAUCUGUUUCUGCAGAUCUUACAGACCUUGGACAUAAGCAGUGCUAAAGCCUUUUUGAUAUUUUUAAAAACAAUGCAUCAAAAGCAGAAGCCAAACUUCUCCACCCUGUGGUCUUAAUUGAUUUUCCACUGUGUUUCAGUGCUGAGUAUGCUUUGAAUUUUCACAGGAUCUUUCAGGCAGUCUACUGUGGGGUGUUUCAGACUCUUAGGAGUGCUAGAUCUCAUCAGACCAAAAAGUGGACCAGGUGUUUUCCAGAAGCGGAAGAAUUGCUACUGGACACUAUAACCAGCUCAGUUCAGCCACACAUUUUGUUGCACUAGUCAGCUACUACCAUAAGUGACUGCCUGCCUAUAACACAAGUUUUGUAUCUACUCUUCUUUCCGUGUUUUGCCUCCAAGGAAACAAGUGGUCUCCUACAGCACAAUCCCAGGAGCCAACCCUGCUUGAAAAUUGUUAACUAAACUUGUUUUUUAAAUGAUUACUGAAGGAACUGUGAUAAGAGACAUUUUCUGUUGGGGAAAACUCAGAAGUAAACUUCUUUUAAAAGAGAGCUUUUGUUUCUUAACUGGUCAUAUUUAAAUGUUUGUCCUUUCAGAUAUAUUUUCAUAUUGAUUCCUAAACAAAAGGGAGACUUAUGUGUGCUUAUAUUUUGAAUCAAAUGGCAGAUAUUAAAUAGACAUUUAAAAAUUUUAAGCUGGUCCUGACUGACAAACUGAUAUAACUGUGUGUAUCUUUUGUGCCUUUUAAUAAUUGGGUGUAUGCCAAUGUUUGAAUGUCAGGUAAUGCUUUGAUAAACUUUUUAUGCAAUUUAUUACUGUACAGAUUUUUAUGGCAGCUGCUAGAUACUGGAUUAAUUUGAAUCUUGUAUGUAUAUGUAUUUUUCCCUCCAUAAAUUAUCUAGAUUGCCUAUUGAUUUUUGGAGUUCUAUUAUGUUCAUAUAUUUCAUUUUCAAAUGUGAUUGUGCUCACAAAAAAUAAGUGUUGUUAAUUUUUUUUAAAAAAGCAAAUACUUUAAAUAUGUUUCAUUCUGAAUUUUACUGAUAAUAUAUUCAGUCAUGAAUCUUAAUGGAUUAUAAAUCCUCUCCUAAAUCUGUUUUUCAUGAAUUUUCAGGCAAGCACACAGCAGUUCAAAUAUUUUUCUGCUGCUGCAGGGCUAGAGCUUCUAAUAUAGUUUCAUAUUUAGAGACCUUCAGUACAGAGACUUCUAAACAUGAAAAAAACCACGAGUAUUUUCCUGAAAACAGUAUACAGGUUUCCUCAUUUUAUGCGGGUUCUGUAUGUGUGAAUUUGCUCUUAUGUGAUGACCCUUUUUAUACCAAAAAUUGGUUAUAUGCGAGGUAAAUUCACUCUUAUGCGAUCGGCAU